AAAAUAUCCUUGCCUUUCAUUGAUUUCUGUUUUUAUGAAUACAUUUGAUGAGUAAUAAGAUCAUAUGCUACCUGUGGAAAAAUGAACAUUUCCUUUUGUAUCAAAGGGCAUUUAAACCCAAAAUCCUACAUAUCUCAUCUGAUAUGGUACAAAAUGAACAAAGGCGAAAAAGAGGCGUACACAUGAUCCUGGUUGGAAAGAAUGAAAAGAAUUCCUGUAUAGAAAUGGCAAUUUGCCUCGAUCCCCGCGGGAUUCCGUGGGAAUCCCCGCCAUGGGGAUGGGGCGGAGAGGAAUAUUCCUUCCCGUGGGGCGAGGAUGGGGGACAUUUUUCCCCCAUAAAAUUUUGUGGGGAAUUUUCCCCGCCCCUUGGUGGGGAACGGGGAUCCUGUGGGGAUCCCUGUUCCCCACAGAGAAUGGGAAUGGGGGGCAAAAUCUAUCCCCCGUCAAAAAUCUCCGCGGGGAUCCCGGUCCCCGCUAUUCGCGGGGAUAGGGAUGAGGAGAGACUCCCCGAACCUACAGGACCCCGUUGACAUCCCUAUUCCUGUAUCAUCUUUUCUAUUCACAGAAAAGAAUGAACUAAUCUGGAAUGUGUUGUUAGUUAUGAUACACCAUUGAUUGCACCUACCAGUGCUUCUUUCAACAAUGGGGAGGACUGUGUUCUGUAA